AUGUUAAUGAGCUUCCUGCGGGCAGAAGUCACGUGCCGCCCCAUUGACCAAUCAGCGCACGAGACGAACCUCGCUCAGGGCUCCCGUGCAUUUCCACUCCAAACAUCUCCCCACGAGGCAAGUAGCAGCAUGCCCAAGUCCCGUGAAUUCGUGGAGUCCAGCGACUCGGACAGCGACUCCGACGUGCAGACGAAGAGAUCGAAGAAGGAGAAGGUGUCUUCAAAGCCCGCGAAGAAAGCGCGCACGGAGGCGAGCACCUCCAAGCCGGCGGCGCGUGCCCAGGAGUCUGAAAGUGACAACAACAUGUUCCAGCUGUCCAAGAUGCGGUACGUGAGCGUGCGCGAGUUCAAGGGCAAGGUGCUCGUCGACGUGCGCGAGUACUACGACAAGGACGGGGACAUGAAGCCCACCAAGAAAGGGAUUUCUCUCGCCGUGGACCAGUGGGCACGGCUCAAGGAGCUCAUGCCCGACAUCGACGCAGCCGUCAAGAAGAUGUGAGGGCCGCUAUUCUCAUCGUCUCCGUCGUCGAGGGCUUCCACCCAGACGCCUGCAAAGUUUUAAUCCGAGCCGGGGCUCUUCUGUUUGUGACCAACGGGGGCAUGGGUUUUUUUUUUUUACAUGAAUAAAGUUGGCGUUUAGCUGCGUGCACGCACAUGUAGCUGCGUGCACCCAUGUGUAGUUGUGUGUGUGCGCGUGUGUGUAUAGUUGUGUGUGUGUGUGUGUAGUUGUGCGUGUGUGCAUUAUGUUUCUGGUCAAGGCAGACGCGCUCCACUCGUGAGUUCCCAAAGUCGUUAUUUCCAUCGUGUGUUUUUCAUGUUACCGUUGUUUCCCGCCGUACCCCACCGCCACCUCCCCACCACGAGAUUUUGUACCGGUAGGAGGAGGAGAAGGGGCCCAGCGCUGCCGCCGCCGCCACGCCUCGCCGUGCGCCGCAGCGCUCCCGCCCAUCGCGAGCGCCACGUGGCGCGGGGUUUUCUGGCUGCGGCGGUGACGCAAUUUCGGUUUCAAUAAAAAGGGCCGGGCGCGCACCU